AUGGCCCAAGGGAACAACUACGGGCAGACCAGCAACGGGGUGGCGGAGGAAUCCCCCAACAUGCUGGUGUACCGGAAGAUGGAAGACGUCAUAGCCCGCAUGCAAGAUGAAAAAAAUGGAAUUCCCAUUCGAACUGUCAAAAGCUUCCUUUCCAAGAUCCCUAGCGUCUUCUCUGGCUCAGACAUUGUUCAGUGGUUAAUAAAGAACCUAACGAUAGAAGAUCCAGUGGAGGCCCUCCAUUUGGGGACGCUGAUGGCUGCCCACGGCUACUUCUUCCCGAUCUCAGAUCACGUCCUCACCCUCAAGGAUGACGGCACCUUUUACCGGUUUCAAACGCCCUACUUUUGGCCAUCCAAUUGCUGGGAGCCGGAAAACACGGAUUACGCGGUGUACCUCUGCAAGAGAACGAUGCAGAACAAGGCCCGGCUGGAGCUCGCCGACUAUGAAGCUGAGAGCCUGGCCCGGCUGCAGAGAGCAUUCGCCCGCAAGUGGGAGUUCAUUUUCAUGCAAGCAGAGGCACAAGCAAAAGUGGACAAGAAGAGGGACAAGAUUGAGAGGAAGAUCCUCGACAGCCAAGAGAGGGCCUUCUGGGACGUGCACCGCCCUGUGCCUGGCUGUGUGAACACCACGGAAGUGGACAUCAAGAAGUCGUCCCGCAUGCGAAACCCACACAAAACCCGGAAGUCUGUCUAUGGUUUACAAAACGAUAUUCGAAGUCACAGUCCUACCCACACACCCACGCCAGAAACGAAACCUCCCACAGAAGAUGAGUUACAGGAGCAGAUAAACUAUUGGCAAAUACAGUUAGACAGACAUCGGUUAAAAAUGUCAAAAGUUGCUGAUAGUCUGCUAAGCUACACGGAGCAGUAUUUAGACUAUGACCCAUUUUUUGUGCCGCCUGACCCUUCCAACCCGUGGCUGUCCGAUGAUACUACUUUCUGGGAACUUGAAGCAAGCAAAGAACCGAGCCAGCAGAGGGUCAAACGGUGGGGCUUUGGCAUGGAUGAAGCAUUGAAAGACCCCGUUGGGAGAGAACAGUUUCUUAAGUUUCUAGAGUCAGAAUUCAGCUCCGAAAACUUAAGGUUCUGGCUGGCGGUGGAGGACCUGAAGAAGAGGCCUAUAAGGGAAGUCCCCUCGCGGGUCCAGGAAAUAUGGCAGGAAUUCCUGGCUCCGGGAGCCCCCAGUGCCAUCAACCUGGACUCGAAGAGCUACGACAAGACCACGCAGAACGUGAAGGAGCCUGGGCGGUACACCUUCGAAGACGCUCAGGAGCACAUUUACAAAUUGAUGAAAAGUGAUUCAUACCCACGUUUUAUACGAUCCAGUGCCUACCAGGAGCUUCUACAGGCGAAGAAAAAGGGGAAAUCGCUCACGUCCAAGAGGUUAACGAGCCUCGUCCAGUCCAACUGAAAGGACCGCCCUGUAGCAUGGACGCAGACCGAGUCGUUGCGUAUACUUUGUAGCUCUUUGUUGUUGUGACCCGGAGCGGAGGACCUUGGGCCAGGAUGUUGCAUGAGCAAAGGACCCGAGUCGUUCUUCCUUCGCGUGCCAUCUCCACGGGACUCCGCCAUCCCCACGCCUCCAUGUCCAAAUGGGGUCGACCUCCUUCCUCCGCGUACUAAGCUGGAUCUGUGUCUUUUCCUUUUUAUCAAGUUCAAGUGAAGUACGCCUUCUACUUCCCUCCUCCCCGUCCCUACUUUCUUUUUUCUGUCCCUUAACGCUUCAGCUAGACACACAGUUCACUGGAAAUGGAAUCUGUCACACACUGGAAGAACCGUCCAAGGAAAGCAGCAUCUGUCAGUCAGUAUGCCUACAGCUUCACAUCCAUUAACCGACCCGUCCGCCCAGGAAGGCUCAUUUCACCGAUGUACUCGCAGAAACAAGCUUCCAUUUCCGUCUGUCGUCUGUCCGUGCCCGGUCCCUGUUUCUGCAUUUAUUUUUAUACCGUGUUUAAAUACGAAGCACCUCUUGACUCCCCGUGGAUUCAAGCGGAUUCCU